AUGUUUUUGGACGUCGCUGAUCUUGAUGCUAGAGACCUGUUAAAGCGACACGCAGCAGGACACAGCCACUCGCAGGACGGAAAGCGGAAGCGGACAUCGUCAUAUUCGAAGAACGGACGGGUUUCGCAGGCUUGUAAGGCGUGCGCGACAUCGAAGCUCAAGUGUGAUGAAGAGAAGCCUUGUCGCCGAUGUCGGGACCGGAAGCUGUUUUGUGACUAUGUGGACGGGAGUGCGCAGGAUGCUGAGCAGCAGGGGUCCAACGAUGAGAACGACCAAGACGAGGAAUACUCGCCGCUUGAGUCGCAGACUUUCUCACCACCGAAUCCGGACAUCAAUGUGCAGCAGCUGGUUACGCCGGGCGUGCCGAUGGACAUCGAUUAUCUUCCGCCAAAUACUGGGCCGUCGACUAUACCAAGCUAUGAUACCCAAACCGUCUCACCCCUCGUCGACCACGAAAGCGGCGUCUUCAGCGUCGACGGGACUUUCUUUCCUGAGUUUAUCCCCGACUCGUUGGUUUCGCUGUCACGGCCCGGCGAACUCGACCCCUCCGCAUUCCCUCCCAACGACUACUAUGCCCACCGGCUCUACGACCAUGACCUCAAUUUUGACUUUGACCUGACAGAAGUCGACUUCGGCUUGAUUGACUUCUACAAUUCCCGGGGCUCUGUCAAUCCCGCCCUCCCCCAACCCGACGACGAUGGCGACGCAGACCGAGACAGCGGCAUCGCCCUCGGCGUAGAAGCAUACAGCCGGUCUUCCCUCUCGGCAUGGAAACCAGGACACAGCGACCACGCUUUUGCAGACCAGAACGACCUGUCUGUGCCAAAGUCGAUCGACAGCCCGGAAGCCAGCACAUACUCCCAGUCGAAGCAACAGAUCUUGUCAGAGCGGUUAUCACCCGGGAGUCGAGACCUUAUCUUCGGGAUGGUCCUGCAAACAAGCCAGCGUGCCAACCUGGCUAGGAUCAUGAAAUCAUUUCCCAGCACUGAAUUGCUUGACAGUCUCAUUCAAGACUUUUUCGCAUAUCAGGAGCAGCAGGUAGAUUCGUGGAUCCAUGGGCCGACUUUCCAUCCCAAUGAGGAGAACCCUGAUAUGGUUGGUAUUGUUGCUGCGGCGGCGGCAGUGCGCUCGAGUAUCCCGACAAUAAGGAAAUUAGGGUAUGCUUUGAUGGAGGUUGUGAGGUUGCAGAUGAGCUUGAAGUAUGAAAACGACAACACAACCAUCCGAGACCUCCGAGCGUCGCAGACAUAUGCUUUGACCAUUGAUAUCGGCAUAUGGAGUGGAAGUGGGAGGAGGACGGAGAUUGCAGAGAGCUUUCAGCAGCCGGUCUUGACGAUGCUCCGCCGAGGCCUUCGCUUCCGCCGCUCCGUCUACACACCUAUAGUCCCUUCGCUUGAAGAUGCCCCAUCAGUACUGGAGCAGAAAUGGCGCGACUGGACCGAACAGGAAUCCUUCAAGCGGCUAGUCCACCACCUCUUCCUCCACGACGCCCAAAGCAGCCUCAUGCUCAACAUCAACCCUCUAAUCUCCUACGCGGACCUCGAACUCCCCCUCCCAAUGACCCGCGCUCUGUGGGACGCAAAAUCAGCGUCCGAAUGGCGGGAUCUAUACAUUGCCACCGCACCCUUACAAUCCCCAUCUCCAGAACGACUACCGUCACUAGUCGACACCCUCCGCGACAUGUCCGCAUACACCGGCCGCAUCGACGCGCAACUUUCGGCAUCCGUAAUCCUGCACGGCCUCUCGGCGCUAAUAAACGAGUACCACCGCCUAAAGUUCAUAGCACAGGGAAACGGGACCUCAAAGCACUGGAACGCGCUCGUCAUCAACUCCCGGCAGCAGGAACUCGAGCAGGUCCUGCACCACUUCAAGAUGAUCAGCGUCGAUACGAAUCCCACCACCCCCAGCGCCGAGAUCCGUCUCCUCUACGAGGUGAUCUCCAUGUUCCUCUUCAUGUCCCUCGAAGACCUGCAGCUCUUCGCCGGCAAGGAAGAUCGCAACGAGGCGCGCCGCGUGUAUAACAGCGCGCUCGAGUGGAUCGGCAGCGUCGAUUCCCGCAAGGCGAUCUGGCACGCCGGGCAAGCCAUCCGCUCCGCGAGAGACAUCAUGGCGAAGCAGGGGCCAGCCAGGCUGACGGGGUUUCUGGCCGUGGGCGUAUACUAUGCGUCGUUGGCGUUCUGGUCGUAUGGCGUCGUGAGCAGAGCCUGCCGGACCAAGAACGCCGGCGCCAUUCCAAUCCCCGCCUCCGCUGGCACUACCGCUGCAGGGAACGGAGUCGGACUCAGUCCCAACUCCAAUACCAGCGGCAACUUCAACACGGAGGGCUUGGUCUUCCUGGACGGCGACGAAACCACCGACGUCCACAAGUUCAUUUCCCUUGCUCGUGGGUGUCCGGCGCUCCGGGGUCUGGGCUCGAGCUGGAACUUCAGCUUCCAGGGAACGACAUCAGGUGAUGGCCCGGCUUUAGUCUCUGACCCUGGGAGAGUCAUGGAUGUCGCGCAGAGACUUCUGAAAGGUGAUGCGCCGUUUGAGGCAUUGCCCCCGCUGGUUCAGGGGCUUUGUCAGCUUAUGCAUGGGCUGGGGAGUGCGGCGGGGGGAGGGACGUAG